AGAGUGUCUCUUCUUGCCUUUCGCGGGAGGAAGCUGUGGACAAACUCCAAGGUCGGAAAGGUGGUAGUGGGGGGCACUUUCUCUCCAGGGUACAGGGUCACCGCGUCUCUACCCAACUCAGACUCCCUGAGCCUCACAGGAGACUCUCUAGGAUUGGAAGUUGUUAUGGCAACGAGGCUCUCAGAAUACUGAGGAAAGCCAAAGCCUAGAGAGCCGACACCCUCCUGUAUUCCCCCUUCCGACCCACGGGUAAAGUGGCGCCCCCUACGCACAGAAACCGUCCUUGGGCCCCCGCUCCGGCGAGGAGACCACCCUGGACCUCCGGGGGCGGGAGGCCGCUCUGGCCCCAAUCAGGGCCUCUCGCUGGUAGACGGGCCCGAGGUAGCCCCUCUGGGCGCAGCGCCGCCGAGCUGCUCGAUGCUCCGACCGGAAGUGCUCUUCACCGCCGACCUCCCACCCGGCUCUCUGGUCCCGGCGGUAAGAUGGCGGCUGCCGCGGAGUGCGAUGUGGUAAUGGCGGCGACCGAGCCAGAGCUGCUAGACGACGAGGAAGCGAAGAGUCCUACGCCUUUGACAUCUCAUCCUUCAGUCCCUUUGCUGGAAGCAGAGUCUUUCAAGGAACAAGGAAAUGCAUACUAUGCCAAGAAAGAUUACAAUGAAGCUUAUAACUAUUAUACAAAAGCCAUAGAUAUGUGUCCUAAAAAUGCUAGCUAUUACGGGAAUCGAGCAGCCACCUUGAUGAUGCUUGGAAAGUUCCGGGAAGCUCUUGGAGAUGCACAGCAGUCAGUGAGGUUGGAUGACAGUUUUGUUCGGGGACAUCUACGAGAGGGCAAAUGCCACCUAUCUCUAGGGAAUGCCAUGGCAGCAUGUCGUAGUUUCCAGAGAGCCCUAGAACUGGAUCACAAAAAUGCUCAGGCACAACAGGAGUUCAAGAAUGCUAAUGCAGUCCUAGAAUAUGAGAAAAUAGCAGAAACGGAUUUUGAGAAGCGGGAUUUUCGGAAGGUUGUUUUUUGCAUGGACCGUGCCCUAGAAUAUGCCCCUGCCUGCCAUCGCUUCAAAAUCCUCAAAGCAGAAUGUUUAGCAAUGCUGGGUCGUUAUCCAGAAGCACAGUCUGUGGCCAGUGACAUUUUACGAAUGGAUUCCACCAAUGCCGAUGCUCUAUAUGUACGAGGUCUUUGCCUUUAUUAUGAAGAUUGUAUUGAGAAGGCGGUUCAGUUUUUUGUCCAAGCUCUCCGGAUGGCUCCUGACCAUGAGAAGGCCUGCGUUGCUUGCAGAAAUGCCAAAGCACUUAAAGCAAAGAAAGAAGAUGGGAAUAAAGCAUUUAAAGAAGGAAAUUACAAGCUAGCAUAUGAACUGUACACAGAAGCCCUGGGGAUAGACCCCAAUAAUAUAAAAACAAAUGCUAAACUCUACUGUAAUCGGGGUACGGUUAAUUCCAAGCUUAGGAAACUAGAUGAUGCAAUAGAAGACUGCACAAAUGCAGUGAAGCUUGAUGACACUUAUAUAAAAGCCUACUUGAGAAGAGCUCAGUGUUACAUGGACACAGAACAGUAUGAAGAAGCAGUACGGGACUAUGAAAAAGUGUAUCAGACGGAGAAAACAAAAGAGCACAAACAGCUCCUAAAAAAUGCACAGCUGGAACUGAAGAAGAGUAAGAGGAAAGAUUACUACAAGAUUCUCGGAGUAGACAAGAAUGCCUCUGAGGACGAGAUCAAGAAAGCUUAUCGGAAACGGGCCUUGAUGCACCAUCCAGAUCGGCACAGUGGAGCCAGUGCUGAAGUUCAGAAGGAGGAGGAGAAAAAGUUCAAGGAAGUCGGAGAAGCUUUUACCAUUCUCUCCGACCCCAAGAAAAAGACUCGAUAUGACAGUGGACAAGACCUGGAUGAAGAGGGCAUGAAUAUGGGUGAUUUUGAUGCAAACAAUAUCUUCAAGGCAUUCUUCGGCGGUCCUGGGGGCUUCAGCUUUGAAGCAUCUGGUCCAGGGAAUUUCUUUUUUCAGUUUGGCUAAUGAAAGGAAACCAUCCAGAACCCAGAAAAUGCAGACUUGCUCCGUUUAACCUCGAAUGUGGCUGGACACAGCUCACCUCCUCCCUUCAUUAUGAUCCACGUACUUAGAGCAGUUUCGUUUUCUCAGUUGGAUACCCAGUGUCUGUGUGAGUGGGGUGAAGGAAAGGGAGCCAGUGCCGAAGACUGCGGGUAGGGGAGGGAGGUGGGGGGUGGACAGGGCAGCUUGUGAAUUUUUGUUUUACUGUUUAACUUUAUUAAAAAAAAAAAAUUAAGAGAAUAAAAUGUUUUGACCCUUUCUGGCACUUUGCUCUGGCAACUGCUUUGUGUCACUCCAGAGUCAGUGGGCCAGAGCUGAGCCCCCAGCACGGAGCUGAUGCCCACGUGGACUUUAGGCUCCGUGAGCCACCCCACGAGGGGUGGGGGCACCUGGGGGCAGGUGGGGUGCUGGCUGCCCCCAAAUCGGUUUAGCACGGGAGUGCUGAGCAGGCCCUGGGGAUGCUGCCGUGCCCAGCCUGAUGCCAGUCAUGGGGCAGCGAGUUCAGAAAACACAUUUUAUGGUAGGGCCACCAGAAAUCACUAGAAGCUGCAUGUGUCCAAAGUGGGUGCCAGGUGUCAGGCUGGGCUAACUCAGAGGUUUACACGGGCUCUGAGUUCUCACAGCUUGAGGGAGAUGGUGACAAGGACAAAAUCCUGCCUUUUUGACCCUCAGACCCUUUCCAAGUGGGACAGGCAGCUCCUGGGUGCAGGGAUCUGGGCGCUGACGUCAGCUCACUUAGCUGGAAACAGCAUUCUUAGCAAACGCCCCUUGCCUUCUCCACUGGUGUCCCUUCCUGUAUGGGAGGCAAGCAGGGGGAGGAAGCAGUGGUAUAUGUCAUGCUGUUCAGGUCAAGCUUUUGUGUUUGUGGUGAAUAAUUUCAGUUCCAGGCAGACACACUUGAAGCUUUGGCUGAAGCUCUGAUUUUUGGUGCUUUGGGUAAGUAGAGAUGGCUGGGUAAAGACCUUGGCCCAAAUAGCUAUUCCUCUUCCAUCUGAGCCUCUGCCCCUUUCUUUUCAGCCUUCCCCCUUUAGUGCCAAAGCUGCGCUGAAAUGCUGACUGCAUGAGGCCUGGGAAGUUCCCAUGUAGCCAUCCAGGCCCCUGUUGGCUUGAAAGAGUCAGCUCUUCCCUUGUGUUUGAAGUGGCACUGAUCUGAAGGUGGCCUUCCCUAGAGAACCGCAGGCACACCUGUGGGCCGGUGCCCAGUUGCUGGGGGGUGGCAGCUCUGUGCUCCACGUCCCUCACGCCGGCCAACUCCCACUGCCUGUGUGCAUCCAAGACCAGCCCCUCUCCCUGCUGCCUCGUGAAAGCCAACAGUGUUCCACUGCCCAGCCUCGCCGCAGCUGUGCUCAGCCCGCAGAGGGGAGACAGGACCGAUGGCCCCAAGCUGGGGACAAAGGCAGUCCUGAUGCACCCUGCCCUUGCCCCAGGGAAGACUGAGCUGGGCACAGAGGGCGAGAGAGACUGCACGCAGCUAGGAUUAACACGAUUUAUUUCAUUAUCAGUCUUACAAGUUGCUGAGGUUGGGCAAAGCCAGGAUAGUAACUAAAAUCCCGGGCACUUCUGUCAAGUGACAACCCGAUUAGCAAGGCCCUGUUACUGAGCAGAGGGCAGCAGAGGGCACCCCAGGAACCACAGCACCUGCAGCGAUGUUAAAAGCCCCUUCCCAGAGGCACCGGGUGGGGCUUGGCACGAAACUGCUGGGGGCCACUCCAUUGGCUCUUGGUACCCACGGACCCCCUUUAGCGGAGGCACAGAGGCCUCCGGAGGCACCAAGGAGGCAAGAUGGGCUGGGCAGACAGCAAGAUUGGAGCUUUCCCCCCGAGGCGCUGUCUCUGGCCCUGAUCUCCCCAUCCACACGACAGAGCUACGCCCCUGGAAGGAUGGCAGCCCACCCGCUUCCUGGGGUGAGACCUGUAGCCAGCCUGGGAUGCGGCUGCUGCUUAUUCUGUUUUCUUCCCUAGUAUCAAACUGUUACCUAGUUACAGUGUGAGGAGGAGGGGACAGGCACUUAGGACCAAAGGUGGAAGGUAAAAACCCCUUUUCUACCCCAGUAAAUAGCCCCAGGCUUUCUGGGGCUACACUGAUUAAGAAAUGGGAUCAAAGCCCAGGGAUCAUCCCGUCUCAAAUCCACCUCUAGUCUUCUGUGGCCGUGGUGACCACCCCGUGAAUACGAGCAGCGCUGAGGUGUCCCUCCCCACUAGCCGGCCCUGUGUGGGGCAGUGGGCCUAGGGGCCCAGCAACUGUAAGCGGGGCUUGGGGUCGUGGCUCCGGUCCAGGCCCAACUCGGCCCAGCCUCGUCAGCUUUGGUCCAGGUUCCUGAAUGGCGCCUACCUACCCCCUUGUGUUGAGAGCUUGAGCGUUAGAGGGGAAGGGGGUGGGCAGGAAAAAAGAGCAGUUAUUUUACACGUUUUUAAAAAGUUACAAGAAGGUUAACUGAGUAAAAGAAAAAAAAAAAGAAAAAAAUCUUAAACCAAAAA